AUGGUCUCAGAGCUUUCUCCGGAAGUUCGUGCGAAGCUAGAAGGGCUGGGACACAAGAUUCCGGAUGAUGCCGGCGUCUUGCCCCUGAACCUCCGGGGUGUAACAAGCCAGCAAGUGGCUAUCCUGGAGGAGCACGUUCUUCGUGUAGGCCCAGAGAAAAAGGGCAAGAGACAAGAGCAUCUUGUUUGCUGUUUGAAUUGCAGCUGGUCUUCUAAAUCCUCCGGCUUGUACCGUGCUCUAGAGCAUGUGCUACAUCGGUCCAACCCGAACAAAGAGGACGUGACCAAGUUCCUGCAAUCCAAGGGUUUGGCCUUCACACAGCAGAAAGCCAGCGAGCUGGAAAAGUACCGUGGCAAUGGGAACCGUGUGUUGUGCUGCACGAAGCCAGUAGAGUACACAACGGAGCUCUAUGCUACUUUAGCAGGCCAAGGCAAUUCUGCUGCAAAGUUAUGGAACAAGCUCCUGAAGGCAGAUCCGGCCUUGGAUGAUCUCGUGAAUGCUGUGACUGACGAUGGAGUCGAGCCGCGCAAGCCUGAAGACUUGCAGAGACUUCAUGCACUCUCCAUUAUUCAUCAGCAUGCACCCUUCAACAGCAUUGAGAACCCAGUGUGCAAAAUGUUCUUGAAAGCGGUAGCUCCAGACUAUAAACCGCCUGAUCGGAAGCGCGUCCGCGAGGUUCUGCAUGCUUGUAGCGAGGAGCUGCAGACGACACUGGUCCAAAAGCUCCGAGCAGAUGGCCCUUGGGUGAUUUCGGCAGAUGGUGCGACGGUUGACAGCUGCGGGUUUUUCAACAUCCUUGCAAGCAACUUGCAAGGCACCUGCUUGCACCUGGCGCAUUGCCAGACCACUGAGAUGGACUGCACGGCGGAAGCCCUUUCAGACCUUCUUCGUCCUUGGGUGGAAAUCAGUUCGAUAGCUUCGAUAUGUGGUGACAACGCCAAGAACAUGGUUGCAUGUGCACGCCGUUUGGCAGAACAAUCUCCGCAUCCGCUCCUGGCAUUGCGCUGCCACGAGCAUGGAGCGCAACUGUUGCUGAAGGACAUUCGCGAAGCAAUGCCGUAUGUCAAAAACGCGACCACUGAGAUCCAUGCUGCCAUCAAAUGGCUCCGGAAACAGAAGAAGCUGAUCGGCAAGGUUAGAGCUGCAGGGAUUGUGAUACAACAUCGCCGCAAGACUCGUCACAACUCGUGGACCACAAUGACCUGCAAAUGGCUGCAGCACAAGGCCGCAGUGGUCAGGAUAGCUCGAGCUCACGGUGUCGAGCGCCUGGGGCAUACAGACCGUCAGCGUCGAAGAGCUGCCCAGAUGCUUCAGGUUUGGGAGCAGCAUGCCUUGGAAGCUCGGGCGAGACGUUUCCUUCCCGUGCUCUUCUUGCUGACGCAGUUGUCGAAGGCGUGCGCCUGUGCGCGCCUGCCGGAGGUGUACAAUCUCUGGAAGCUGGCAGAGGCCCAGCUGCGCGAGGUUGUGCAGACAGCGGAUUUUCGUGACACGAACGAGACCGAAGCUCAAGUCAGGGCCCGUCGAGAUGAGCUGAAGGAGAUUGUGCGAAAGCGCUUGGACAUGCUUUGCGAUGAGACCGUCAAAGCUGCAGCGGCAUUCGAUCCACGACAUCUUGCGAGACUAGCCGCAGGUGGUGAGGAGCCGCUGUGGCUGCAAGCUGCUUUUGUGUCUGCGACUGACGCUUUGCUGCCGAUGUAUUACGGAGCGGAUGCAGAAUGCCUCGAAGCAGUUUGUGGUCACUUGCAGGAGUACCGAGAGCGACGUGGCAUGUUUGCCAGAUUGCGAGAAUGGCCGGAUGCAACAGCUUCUCUGGAGAAUGUGAUCCGAUGGUGGCAGCAUCGACAGCCCAGCGCGCUGCUGAAGAAGGUGGCGGUGAAGCUAUGGGCCUCCGUGGCAUCACAGGGAGCUGCCGAGAGGGCUUGGGCAGUCGCCAAUCGCAUCAAAUCUCCUAUCCGGAACAGAUUGAGCUUGGAGACACAGCAGGAACUUCAACAGGUCAGCCUCAACAUGCCCAUGCUCCUUCCCGACCUCAAGGAAGCCCCGAAUCCGUGCUUGUCUCGGUGUAUGGCGUACACAUCCUUGCCCACUGUCAAUCUGGCCAAAUUCACGCGAAGGGAUGGUGUCCAAGGGCAGGACAUCUGGCCCGAAGACGAUGCCAUGAGCUUGAUCAGCAGUUCAAGCUCUUCCUCCACUGAUGCUGACUAG